AUCGGAAAGUUAGUCGAUCGCAUUGACAAAUAUGUCGAAGAGAGUAGCAAAUUAUAAGAGUUUAUUGUGUGAAUUUAAGUCUGAAGAAUAUGUUAAAUUGAAAAAUAGUUAUAAAAUGAUGAUUUCCUUAUUGUAUAUUACAUUAUUGUGUAUUAUAGUAUUUUAAAAAUUUAACAUCACUGUAUUAAGCUUUAAGGCAUAUUCCAGGAUGGAAUCCAUGACGCAUACGAUAGAAAGUGUGACAAUUCCCAUGCAUCGGGAUAUUUUGAGUGGUUUAAGGAAUGCAUGAGUAAAUGUUACCGCAGAAUUGUAGGAUAUCAGAUUUUACGUGUGCAUGAAUGUAACGAUGCGUGUAUACCUUGCGUGAAGUGUGUGCAAGCUCUUCCAUGUAUAAAUACACUUCUGGCAGCAGGAAAGUCUCAGUUGGAUGCCUCUUGAUACGACUACAUAUCAGUGGUUCGUGUAAUUUGGCUAGAGAAGACACAUCUCAAACGCGUUCACCAAGUAUCGCGCCGUAAAAUUUGAAUUUAUGAACGUGAUCUUCAGUGAGAUUCAAAUUGAAUCUUUCAAUUUGCCCAAACUGUGUGUGUAAAGAUAAUCAUAGUGAUACAACAUACAUUAUUCAAUAAGAAUUAUAGUAUAAAUUAACAGAUACAAGGCAUGAGAAAUAGGUCAUUGAGGACUUUCCUAUUGGAGUUAAUGAUACUCAUCCUAUUGGCUUUGGACAACAUGGUGCGAUCAACGGCGGUAAAUAGCAAUAAGAUUACUUUAUCUGAAGCAGUGAAAACGUCCAGCAUGUUUGUUUGUAAAAAACCACAAUUUCGAGCGUACCAUCUGAGAGACUUGAUGCAAAACGUACAUCAGAAUCCUGGGGAGAGUACCAUUCAGCCUGUUUAUAUUGUCGUAAAGCGAUGUGACGGACACUCCGGAUGCUGCAUGAAUUCAGAUAUGAGUUGUCUACCUGUACAAUCAGCGAUCUAUUAUGAAGAAAUUGAAAUUGAGGUAAUGAGUUACGAAACUAAUAACAGGACUAAUAACAGACGACAAUGGAUCAGCGUGGAACAGCAUGGUCAAUGUUCCUGUGAAAUGACCAGAAUCAGUGAUCGGUAUCGACUAGAGCAUCAGCAGCCUAACGUAACUUUAAUUUCAAAUUAGUUGAUCAGAUAGACUAAAGGGAGACGUUUCAAAAUAAGUGACUUUUGCAUAACAAAUUGUAAAUAUAACACACAGUAUUGAUUUAUAGGAAAGAUUGUUAAUGAAUCAAAAUAUGUAAUUAAGAAUGUUAAAGUUUUUAUUUUGUUUGAAUUAGUUUACUUUAAUUUACCGGUUUAGUUCGGAAACGUUUAGUGUAAGCGUGUCUGAUGCUAUGUGCACAGAAACUUGGCAUACAGCCCAACAACGUGAUGAUUGUCUCUCCAACAUCAAAUUAUCAUAGAAUAGUUGAUGGACACCUGUUUUAAAAAAAAUAUAUAUGUAUGUAUGUAUAUUAUUAGUUCUGCUACACAACGAAUUUAUACAACUUCUCAGGAAGUGAAAAAAUUUGACGAUUUAUUCAUAUUUAUAGCAAACUUCUACUUUCCCAUUAUCAGAAAUAUUAUGGAUUUAAUUAAGAAAAGUAGGCGUUCUAUAACAAUUAAAAAGUAAAUGAUGAAGUUAAUUUUCAUUUAAGUCAAUUUUCAAAGCAUAAGACAUUAAAGUUUUUCGUUGUUUUUUCAAACCACAAACGAAAAACAAAGAAAGAAGUAAAAUUAAAUUGACUUCAUUGAAAAUAUUCAGAUAAUAUCAUACAUAACUGACUAUAUGUAACUCACUAUACGAAAAUAAUAGACAAAAAUUAAUUAUUUAUGUAACUAGUCAUAUUUCGUGCUCUAUCUUACAAUUAUUUUUAACAAUAUUAAAAAGAAAUAAAGGGGACCAAAGUGUAUUAUUAUUUUAGAAAUCACUCUGACUCUUUUAGAAGAGGGGUUUAAUAUUCAUUAUUGUGAUAUUAUCAUAUUUAUAUAGUAGUAACAUCGAAAUCAUAGUACUGAUAGAUUUCGUUUUAAUUGUAUUGUAAAACAUGUAAAACUGAUAUUUAUUAAUCAAUUAUAUCUCCAGUAUUUAUACAUAUUUGCCAUAUUUUUUUAAUUCACUCGUUAUGUGUAAGUUUUUGCAAACAAUACAAGAUAUUUGAAUACUGAAAAAGUAUUAAUUAAUAAUGCUAUUUUAAAAUACGACUAAACUACACAAGAGACUGAUGUAUAAAAUAUAUUGUAUUAUUACGCAUCUUCUGUGUGUGGAACGUAAUAAAUACCUUUUAUUUAUUCUAAUAGUAAAUUUCAUAAUAAAUGUCAAAUUCUAUUU